AUGGAUCCUUUUGAAGACUUGUAUGGAAGAAGAUAUAGGUCUCCGGUGGGAUGGUUCAAAGUAGGUAAGAUGGCAUUGAUUGGUCUCGAUUUUGUAGUAGAUGCAAUGGAGAAGGCAAGACUCAUAAGAGAAAGAUUGGAGACAGCUCAAAGUCACCAUAAUUCAUAUUCAUACCUAAUAAAGAGAGACCUUGAAUUUGAUGUAGAUGAUUGGGUAUAUUUAAAGGUUUCACGCAUGAAGGGUGUAAUUUAUUUGGGUAAGAAAGGGAAUUUGAGUCCUACGUAUGUAGGAACUUAUAAGGUAUUGAAACAUAUUGGCAAGGUGGAAUAUGAGUUAGACUUGCCAUUUGAGUUGGGUAUGGUUCAUUCGGUGUGUCCUGUAUCGAUGUUGAAAAAGUUUGUGGGUGAUCCAAAUGCUAUUGUACCAUUGAAGAAUGUCAACAUUGGAGAGAACUUAACUAAUCAGGAUUUUCCAGUGGAAAUCUUAGACCAGCAAGUGAAUAGAAAGAAAGAGGUUGCUUCUUUUAAGGUUUUAUGGAGAAAUCAACAAGUAGAGAGUGUACAUAGGAAGUGA